AUGGCUUUCUUCUUGCUUUUCAUUAUAUUAACUGUUGUAAGGAGUGAGUCAGUGGCUCCGGGACCCGGGAGCGUUUAUACCAACCACUGGGCAGUGCGGAUCCCAGGGGGCCGGGGACAGGCGGACAGGAUUGCUGCUAAAUAUGGAUACAUCAACUUUGGACAGAUAGGAAGUCUGGAGGACCAUUACCAUUUCCACCACAGCAGAGUGGUUCGCAGAGCGGCAUACUCUUUGAAGGGCCCCCACAGCUUCAUCCAUAUGGAUCCUGAGGUGGCCUGGGCUGAGCAGCAGGUAGUAAAACCAAGAGUAAAGAGGUAUGUCCAAAGUGACCCAAGCUUCAUUCAUUUCAAUGACCCUAAAUGGUCCAACAUGUGGUACAUUCACUGCAAUGAUAAGAGCAGCCGUUGUCGCUCAGAGAUGAACAUUCUGGCAGCCUGGCAGAGGGGCUACACCGGCAAGAACGUGGUGGUCACCAUAUUGGAUGACGGCAUUGAGAGGAACCACCCUGAUCUGGCUCAGAACUAUGACCAUCUAGCAAGUUAUGAUGUCAAUGGGAAUGACCAUGACCCUACACCACGUUAUGACUCCCGCAAUGAAAACAUACAUGGAACUCGGUGUGCAGGUCAAGUUGCAGCAGUGGCCAAUAACUCCCACUGUGUCGUUGGGAUUGCCUAUAAUGCUCGCAUUGGAGGGAUUCGGAUGCUGGAUGGCGAUGUGACUGAUUUGGUAGAGGCCAUGUCCCUGGGAAUCCGACCAGACUACAUCGACAUCUACAGUGCCAGCUGGGGCCCAAAAGACGAUGGCAAGACGGUGGAUGGCCCAGGGCCGCUAACUAAACAGGCUUUUGAACAAGGCAUCAACAAGGGCCGCAAAGGCUUGGGGUCCAUUUUUGUCUGGGCGUCAGGUAACGGGGGUCGCCAGGGUGAUCACUGCUCAUGUGACGGUUACACCAGCAGUAUCUACACCAUCUCCAUCUCCAGCACCACAGAGAACGGAAACAAGCCCUGGUACCUGGAGGUGUGCAGCUCCAUCAUAGCCACAACUUACAGUAGUGGAGAGUUUAACGAGAGGAAGAUUGUAACCACUGACCUGCGGCACCGCUGCACUGACGGUCAUACUGGCACUUCUGUCUCUGCUCCCAUUGUGGCCGCAAUCAUAGCUCUCGCUCUGGAGGCCAACCUUCUGCUGACAUGGAGGGAUGUGCAACAUCUUCUGGUGAAGACAUCCAGACCAGUCCACCUGAAAGCUGAUGACUGGAAGACCAAUGCUGCAGGAUUCAGAGUCAGCCAUUUGUAUGGCUUUGGCCUGGUGGAUGCAGAGGCCAUGGUGCUGGAGGCCAUGAAGUGGAGGACUGUUCCUGCUCAGCACACUUGCAGUCACACACCCGAGCGACGCACCAGGCACAUCCAUGCUGGCCAACGUUUGAACUGCAACAUUAGCACUUCUGGGUGCUCAGGAGAGCUUGAGCAGCACGUGGCUUAUCUGGAGCACGUGGUGGUCAAGGUCCUGAUUGUCCACCCGCGGCGAGGAGACCUGGAGAUCAACCUGAUCUCUCCGUCUGGGACCAGGUCCCAGCUACUGGCCAACAGGUUGUUUGACAGUUCCAAUGAGGGCUUCAGGAACUGGGAGUUCAUGACAGUUCAUUUCUGGGGUGAGAGGGCAGAGGGCACAUGGACUCUGGAGAUUGUUGAUUCACCAUCGAAGCAUCGCAACCCCGAGGUGCUGGGAAACCUGAAAGAAUGGACACUGGUCCUUUAUGGCACAUCUCAGAACCCUUACCAGCCCAGCAGUGCUCAGCACUCUGGUUCAAGGAUGGUGGAGAUCCCAGCCACGGAGGAGAUCCUGGAGGAGCCUGAGCUGGAGGAGGAAGACGAGUACAAUGGGCCAUGCCACAGUGAGUGUGGAGACCAGGGCUGUGACGGACCAGAUAGUGACCACUGCCUCAACUGUGUCCACUUCAGCUCAGGCAGCUUGAAAAGUGACAGAACCUGUGUGAGCCACUGUCCACUGGGACACUACGAGGACACAGCGUCCCGUCGCUGUAGACGCUGCUACAAAGGCUGUGAGAGAUGUGUAGCCCGGUCAGCCGGUGAUUGUCUCUCCUGUCGAAGAGGCCUGUUUCUCAACACAGUCAACUCCAGCUGCAUUGAUACCUGUCCCCAAGGUUACUUUGCUGAUGAGAAUCAGAGACAGUGUCUGAAGUGCCAUAACACGUGUAUGAGAUGCCUGAGGUAUGCAGACAGAUGCACUGCCUGCAGCGAAGGCUACAGUCUUGCAGGGAUGACUUGUGUUCCUGAAUGCACCAAUGGGACCUUUUUCCAUUUGGAAGAGAUGACCUGCAGCCCAUGCCAUUCCUCUUGUAGGACGUGUACAGGACCAGGUAAGGAGGAGUGUAUCAAGUGUGCUGAGGGCUACCUGCAGCAGGAGUGGAGGUGUGUGGAAGCCUGUACUCCUGGCUACUACUCUGGAAAGGCAGCAGGAGUCCCUCAUCAGAUGUGUCACAGGUGUGAGGAAAACUGCCUGAGUUGCAGUGGAGCCGGAACAACUUGCACCAAAUGCAAAGAGGGUUUUAGUCUGGUCAGCAGGACUUGUAUUGUGAAUGCAUCCUGUAAUAAUGCUGACGAGGUGUUCUGUGAGAUGGUCAAGUCCAACCGUCUCUGUGAGAAGAAGCUUUACCGUCAGUUCUGCUGCCGGACCUGUCUGAUGAACGGAUGAGGAGCCAAACACCACUCACACCUCCUUCUCUCUCACUCUCAAUCUGUCUGAAGAAGACACAACAAGUGGAGUGUUACCAUUUGGUCAAACCUACUCUACGUCUGUUACAAACAUCCAUAAAGAACCAAAAUUCAA